AUGAAUGUCGAUCUGAUGCGCUGUGGUAAAUUAAUAAUCUGGAAUAAAGUAGUCACUCGGCUCUGUUUUUGUAAUCAACAGACCAAGAAGAGGAGGAACAACGGCCGCGCCAAGAAGGGACGUGGGCACGUCCAGCCCAUCCGCUGCACCAACUGUGCCCGCUGUGUGCCUAAAGACAAGGCCAUCAAGAAGUUCGUUAUAAGAAACAUUGUGGAGGCAGCAGCUGUGCGAGAUAUUACAGAGGCUAGCGUAUUUGACUCAUAUGUCCUGCCCAAGCUGUACGUGAAGCUCCACUACUGUGUGAGCUGUGCCAUCCACAGUAAGGUGGUGAGGAACCGCUCCCGUGAGGCCAGGAAGGACCGCACUCCUCCACCACGCUUCAGGCCCAGUGGUGCUGCCCCAAGAGCUCCUCCUAAACCUAUGUGAUCUUCAACACUCGGGAGUUUUAUGGAAAAACUGAAAUAAAUGUGCCCCACUUUGGAAAAAAA